AUGGAGCCGCAGGACCACAAGAUCCAGGCCAUCAUCGAGUAUGCGAACAAGGUGCUCGAUGCCACUGGUCUUCAGAAUGGUGCCUCGGACAUGGAGGUAUUUUGGCUCGAGAAGGAAGGCAGACCUUGCGUCGUGGAUUUGAACGGUCGCUGGACUGCUCUCAUGUGGCACGACGGCCUGGCCCUCGAGAAGGAGACCGUUGGAAACGACCAGAUCACAGCGACCAUCAACGCGUACCUCGACGGAGACGCCUUCGAGGAAAUGCCGCUUGUCCCGUCUAUGAAGCAGCACGGCGCGAUCAUUUUCACAAUGGCUCGCCAAACAGGCUUUCUCAGGGAUAUUCCAGGGCUGGCAGUUGCGAAGGAGCUGCCUUCGUAUUCGGGUAGCUACAAUGAUGGAAUGUUCGUGGGCACGUUGAUUGACAAGCUCCCCACCAGUCACCCUUGCCUCUUCAUCCUGCUCGCUCACAGGGAGAAGGCCGUGGUGGAUGAAGACUACGAUCGCAUCAUCGGCCUGGAGAAUUCGGGCGCUUGGUUUGACAUCAGGCAGUUGCCAGGGAACACGUCGCUCACAGCGUUGCGAUCAAACUUCGACGGUUUGCCAGGCCAGCGGCUGCCAGCGAUUGCUGCGUUAGCGAUGCUCGCAGUUGCAGCCGUGUUCGCCCUCGUCGCAAUGUCGAUGCAGAAGGUCCGAGAUGGCACAGAGUAUCUGGCAAUUUGA